CAUCUUCGGAGCUGAACAGUUCUUGAUUUUUUUGUGCGAUAAUGGACCGUCUACACUUUCUAUCAGUAUUGAGUGUUUUAUUCGCCUGCAGUAUGGUUACUGGUCAAUACCGUUGGUACACUGUUCCAGAGCAGCGAGAUACAACCCGACCUCCAUAUUCGGAUUUUAAAUAUCCGCUCGGAAACCGCUACUGGAGGCAUCACCAUUGCCGCGAGAGUAAUCUGCAGUAUGAUUGUAUAUUCUCCCAUGUGUCAAUCGAUAGCGGUAGUCAUGGUAUUCGUUUUGGUCAUCUGGAUAUAACAGCGAAUAAUCAGAAAAAUAUAACGUUCAAGAAUUCGAUCAUAAGGAAACUACCGGAAACAUUACUCGACUCGUUCUUGCAGGCUGAGCUGCUUAAUCUCACCGGCCUACAAAUAGAGGAAAUCGAACCAUUUGCUUUAACAAACGGGAACAUCCGUGAACUGUAUUUGGGACUCAAUGUCAUUCGGGAAUUGCCGAAGUUUGUGUUUCGUAACAUGAGAUACCUACGCGUGCUGGUACUGGACCGGAAUAACCUCAGCAGUCUACCAGAGGGUAUGCUUUACGCUACACCCAACAUUGUCAAACUUUCGAUCGCCAAUAACAAACUGAAGCGAAUCGAUGACAGUACUUUCAAGAAAUGUAAAGCGUUGCAGUAUCUAACAGUGUCCAAUAAUGAGCUUACCCACAUUGAUCUUUCUCUCAUUCCGAGCCUCUUCAGAGGAAAUGUUAGUUACAAUAAGCUUCAGACGCUGUCAGUGCCGGUAGCGGUGAUCAUGCUGGAUGCGUCGCACAAUCUCAUCAAUACCGUGAUGGGUCCGAUUAAUCCGGAACUGGCAAUUCUCCGCUUGCAAGACAACAAUCUAACAGACACAGCGUUUCUUUGGCACUAUUCUGGAUUGGUAGAUUUGCAUCUUUCAUACAACGAGUUGAAAAUGAUAACGUUCGACCAUUUCUCGGAAAUGAUCCAUCUGGAGCGACUGUAUUUGGCUAACAACCGGCUGGAAGUAUUGAACCUAGAUCCCGCACCGAUCCCAAAACUCCAGAUACUUGAUGUACGGCACAAUUAUCUACUGGACGUGGAAAGGAACCAAAAUCAGUUCGAUUCUCUGACGGAGCUGUAUCUCGAUCACAACUCGAUCGUAACGCUUAAGCUCAGCCCCAACAACACAAUCCAAAAUCUCACACUAUCGAACAACGAUUGGGAUUGCAGCAGCCUAGAUGUACUGUUCGGAAGUGUCCAUGAAUCGAUUAUACUUGACAGUGACCAACAUUGCAAGCCAGACUACCUACUCAAGCAAAACUUGUGCUGCAAGUUUAGCGAUAAACCGUACCUGGACCGAUUGAUGCAGUAUAUCCGUGAGAUAAGCAUUACAGAAAAGUUCCAACGGGCAGACGGACGCUGCAGUGCAUCGGACACACUUACCAGCAUUCGGAGUUUGACCGAUUACGUGAAUCAGCAUGCUAGAAGUGGGCUGUUGCAAUCGAACCCACAGCUUCAGGCCGAAAUCAAUCAACUGCAGGACGUUGUUUGUCGGCUAAUAUACGAACAGACGCAGCUGGAGCACUUUCUUGAAAUUAUUCAAAUUGAUAUCGACAACUAUUUGCGCCGGUACCGCGUAACAAAGGAAGGCUUGGUGCAUCCAAGCGAGAACCUGCGCUCGAUAUUCGACUAUCUAAACAGUCGUCGUGCGCUUAAGGAACAAGAAACAAAACAGCGCCAAUCAGAGGCAAACCGCAAGAAGCAAGAACGGGAAACAACGGAGCAGGAGAACCGAACCCUUCAUAUACAGCUGGAUGCAAAAAGAAUCAGGCAAGAAGAGCUCAAAAACGUGACGAGAGUUCCUCGUAGCAAGGGCGCUGAUUUCCUGUGGGUCCCUACCGAUAAGUGUGAACGCUACGUCAUCGGCAAACCCUAUGACCCUAUGAUGUCGCUUCCUCAAGAGCUCCAAACGGCGAAGUUCGUCGUACAUGACGUUCCAUAG